AUGGUCUCUGGCAAAACCAAUGUUUUCACUAUUGCUUCAUGGAAUCGAGAGGCUAAUCGGAUCAACACUUACGCUUAUGUUUUCAUGAAUUUGGAGACACGCCAUGCAUAUAAGUCCCUUUUUGAGAGGCUAUUCCAAGUCCUCAGUGACGUUGGUCGUAAGCCAGACUUGGUGAUUAUCUUGCGUCGUUGGAUCCACGUUGGACAUGGCAAGAGCAUUUACAACGAGUGCUAA